AAUUUAUCAGUAGAUAAUUUGAGGUGUGAAAAAUAAAACGUAAAUAAUAUAAAUAAAUUACUUUUACUAUUUUACUAAUUAAAUUAGUCAUAUAUUUAUUUUCAUAUUUAUUAUUUACAAAAAACUAUAUUUAUUAGUUUAGAGAAAUAAAAAUGGACCGACAUAGUAUUGGAAGUUUUAUGAGUCGGAGUGUGGCAUCACCAUCACGUAAAAGAUUAUCAAUGGCACAAUCGUUAAGACGACAGAGCAGUGGAGUCAGUAUAUCCGGACGUUCAAAUCAAUCUGUCCAAGUACUUUGUCGCAGUGCUGGACAUACUGUCGAGUCAUUUGGAUCAUCGUUACCAGUCCUAGUAACUGAAGCCCUGACAUUCGUUGACCGCAGCACCGAAGUAAGCGUCCGAGUGUCGCAAAACGGAUGGGCUUGGCUGGUUUGCAACCGUCGUCUUUUAGUCUGGCAGUGCAAGACGACAAUUCAUGACCCGAAGCAGCAGCGUAUGGCGUUCAAGAGCCAGUGCCGUGAGUUACUAUUACCCCAGAGUGAUCUAGCACACAAAGCAGACUGCAUAUCAGUGUGGAUACCAUCUGGACACCAGGUUCCCUGUUGCAUGGCAGUCUCUCCCGAAGGAAUCGUGAGGUACUGGCCUUCGAUCGCUCACGAGGAGUCGUCAAUUGAAAUUUCCGCAGAGCUGGCUGGUCAAGAAGUUGAUUGUCUUACCCACAUCCCUGGCCACGGGUGCAUUUUAGCCACCACGACUUGCACUGUGGCUCUUCUCCAGCCUUUAUUCACCGCUGGUAGAAACAACAUCACCUGUCGUGUGCUGAGAACGAGUCCUGGGUGGUUAGGGGGAAUUGGCCGACGCAUGUCCUCGUUAAUCUUCGGUACGAUACCUCAGUCUCCUAUGACAGAGACCAAAUUAUCUAAAGUCCUCUGCACUUACUUUGGAGACCAGGGCUCGCGGGUACUAAUCCUCGCCGGCUCUUCUCUCCAGUACUGGUCUUUCCCAGCGAAUGAUCAAGAGAAAAUGGAGUUUGACGAAGAUGUCGGGCAUGUCGUUACCCAGGCGUUCCAACGCUACAUCUGGGACAAUGCGGUCUGCAAUCCAUCUAAUGUCCACACCUGGUUGAUAGACAUGCAGACCAAUGACGAAGGCAUUGUCCUGCUAGUAGCAGCUCACUGCGAAGACAUUUCACCCCAAGUGCAGUUCGCUCUUGGAUUAUUGCAGUUAAAUUCAACGACACUAGUGACACCUUUCAAGUGGUUCAUGCCGAUUAAAUUGGGACCAAUGCUCUAUCAAGACAACGUUGACAGUACAAUCAACUCGUUCCGGUUUAUUUUAUCAGGCUGGGAAGCUAUCGUUUAUAAUUACUGCACGGUACUGGUUAUCAACGUGACCAAUGAGAAUGAGCAGGACAAAAUAGACUUGAUACGUCGAGGCGAAGACAAAAUACUUGGCGGCGACUUGUGUUCCAAUACCCCGAUACUGUUCACGCGAAACUUGGGACUCAUUACCAUCCAGACCUCCGACUUUACAGCCCAAGAUUUGAACUCCAGUUAUGCUGACAUCAGCAACAAUGGGAUGAGUAUAACAAAUACUAGCAUUGAUGGAAUCGUCCCGCCUUCUAGUGUCGCGGGUGACAAUUUGAUGGACACGCUGACGAUGCAGUACUCGAAUGAUAAAAUACGCGAGAUGUAUUACACGUCCGAUGGCGUCGAGCAGCUGAAAGCCGCGUUUUUGUUCCACUUGAGACAAAACAAAGCAGAGUGCCAGCAGAUACUGGCAGAGUUGUUCCCAGUUGAGGAAGAGCCGGUGAUGGACAUCGACGCGAGUUUGGACACACUCGCGCUCAAGGUUGCCAACAAACUUAUUGACGACUAUCCGGCAAAUGACCCACGGUGGGCAAACCACUUGGACUCGUCGCUGACUAUAACUACUGUGAUGUCAAUGCAGAUUCCUCAUCAACUAGAGGGCAAACAAAAGGCCUUGAAUUUAUUCGUUAACUUUUUAAAAGAGUAUGGGCUCUGGGAGAGAUUUUGCGCGGUUACUUAUCGCGGCGUAAUCAUGGCGACCUCUCAUGUCCUUGGAGAGUAUGCGGAAAAAAUAGUCGCGGCCCUCGCGAUAUUCAAUUUGCAAAAUCGGUACCCGGAGUUAGUGGACCCGGUUAUUGAGCGAACGCUGACUGAAGAAGCCGCGGCUACGGCCUCGAGUGAACUCACGGCCAGAGACAUUUUUUACCGGCAAGUCAGCACGAUUCACUUGGUCCUGCCCAACCUGGUGAGCAGCGCCCUCGAAGUCUCGCAGUCAGAGAAACCCUCGCAACAAAUUUCUCAGUACAUACUGCAAGUAAACUCUAUUCUACUGGGGGUUCUACAUGAAGUUAUAAAAUUCCGCCAAGCGAAUGCUGACCGUUUUGUCCCAUCGAGUAAUUCGACAGCUAUUACUGAGUACUUACCUUGGACAGCUGCUUCAGCUUCAGCUACUGGAAGUGUCGGUAGCAAACAGGAUUUACGUAACUGUCUGUACACUCUGCAGAAUUUAACGCUGAAGCAUGGAGUGACUGGUACCAAUGACACAUCACUGAAGAGCGAAUUGUACGACCAGAUUGUUGGUUUAAUUGACUUAAUACUUGAUGGUAAAAAGUGUCACUUGGAGAGCGUACGGGGUACUGAUAAAUUUGAAAUUCUCUUGAAGCAGUACGAGGUUGAAAGAACAAAUUUGAUAGCGCCGCUGAUCAGGAACGAGCAGUUUGAAAACGCAGCCAUGCUGGCGGAAAAAUACUGCGACUUUGCGUCCUUGGUGAGGAUUUGCGAGUUGACUGACAACAAAACGCAGCUGGAUAAUUACGCGGAGAAGUUUGCAGCUCAGGACUUUGCGGGAUUUUUAUUCUCCUGGUAUGUGAGAGAUGGUAGAUCUGGACAGCUGGUGGACAGGUGCCGGCGGGAGGGAGCCGGUGAGUUGAUGGAAAAAAUUUCCGAGCACCCGGAACUCAGUUGGGUACAGAACUCGCUGAUGGAAGAGUACAGGCUGGCUGCUAAUACUCUGCACAAACUGGCGAUGAAAGAAGUUGAGCUAGUGAGGAGAAAAAAGAGCAUGCUCUGCUUAAGUAAACUCGCGCUUAUUUGCUCGGAUGAAAUCCAGGAAGAGAUCAAUGAGAACUGUGAGAAAAUUGAUCGGGAGUUGGAGCUCAUUGCCCAUCAAGAAGAAUUGCCAGCUGAUGUUUUGGAAGCCUACGGUUACGAUACUAAAAAAUUGAGGGUUUUAACUCCAGUUGAAUUGAUUACCUUGUACACCUGUGAAGAAAAUUUGCCGGUCACAGAUUUUGACUUUAAGAAAGCUUUAGAUUUAUUGGAUUACGUUGAUGAGAAUGAGGAUAAAAUGGGACUGAAGUUGAGCAUUUGGGCCAGGGCUGCGCAGCGGGAUAGAUGGGACACAGUUUCAAAAAAUCCAGAGCAACAAAUACAGCAGACGUUAUUCUUUAAAAUUAUAAGUCUUAUUCAUCUACAUGGAGAUUCGAUAAAUGAUUUUCUUCCCCCGCUUGAUUUGCUCCUGUCAGAUUCAAACCUCGGUACACUUGCGGACUCAAGUAACUUCCAGUAUCUCAUAAGAUUAAUUUAUGAAUUCACUGCUCAACAUUUUCAAUUAAAUGCUAAUUAAUUUAAAGUAUAUAAAUAUAAAUAAUUAUUAAAAUAUGUAAGUAAGUAAGUAAUUAAUUGUAACUUUGUACUUUAGUACAGUAUUAAAUAUAAAUUAAAA